AUGGACCCAACGACGACGUCCGCCUCGUCGGCCGACGACGCUGCGCUGCUCAUCACCCAGCGCUUCAUCGACCGCACCGUCAUCGUCCACAUCCCCGACGGUCGCGCGUUCCGCGGAACGCUCCUGUGCAUCGACAACGGCGUAAACAUCAUCCUCAACAACACCUACGAGGUGCACAGGGCACCUUUGCCACGGGGCGAUCACCCGGCGGCCGCCAAUGGAGCCCCGCAUCCCGCUCCGACCUACACCGAGCGCAACGUCGGCAUGGUCAUGGUGCCCGGUGCCCAUGUCGUCCGCUUCGAGGUCGAGCAUGAGACGAUGGGUGCGGGCAGCCGUCUUCUCGGGUCUGGUCCGUUCCCGACCUCGAGCAUGGCGCAGGCGGGGUGGCCAGACGAUCCGGACAUGUACGGCUGA